AUGGCGGCGCCGACCCCGGGAGCUGGAGGAGCCUCCGGCGGCGCUGGUUGUAGCGGCGUCGGCGCGGGAUCGGGAUCCGGGUCCGCGGGGAUCGGGGGCCGGCUGCCCAGCCGGGUGUUGGAGUUGGUGUUUUCCUACCUGGAGCUGUCCGAACUGCGGAGCUGCGCCCUGGUGUGCAAGCAUUGGUACCGCUGCCUGCACGGCGAUGAAAACAGCGAGGUGUGGCGGAGCCUGUGCGCCCGCAGCCUGGCCGAAGAGGCUCUGCGUACGGACAUCCUUUGCAACCUGCCCAGCUACAAGGCCAAGGUACGUGCUUUCCAACAUGCCUUCAGCACUAACGACUGCUCCAGGAAUGUCUACAUUAAGAAGAAUGGCUUUACUUUACAUCGAAACCCCAUUGCGCAGAGUACUGAUGGUGCAAGGACCAAGAUUGGGUUCAGUGAGGGCCGCCAUGCAUGGGAAGUAUGGUGGGAAGGCCCUCUGGGCACUGUGGCAGUGAUUGGAAUUGCUACAAAACGGGCUCCCAUGCAGUGCCAGGGUUAUGUGGCAUUGUUGGGCAGCGACGACCAAAGCUGGGGCUGGAAUCUGGUGGACAAUAACUUACUACAUAAUGGGGAAGUCAACGGCAGUUUUCCACAGUGCAACAAUGCACCAAAGUAUCAGAUAGGAGAAAGAAUUCGAGUCAUCUUGGACAUGGAAGAUAAGACUUUAGCUUUUGAACGUGGAUAUGAGUUCCUGGGGGUUGCCUUUAGAGGACUUCCAAAGGCCUGCUUGUAUCCAGCAGUGUCUGCUGUGUACGGCAACACCGAAGUGACUUUGGUUUACCUUGGAAAACCUUUGGAUGGAUGA